AUGGAGGACGACGACGACGCCUUUCUGUACGGCGACGAACCAGCCCAAGCUCCUCUGCUUCCCAAAUCAGACGACCUCGCCAAUGGCACGACACCCACAGCUGCCGGAUCAAUCACCGACAAUGCUUUCGACAAAGCGAAGCACAAUGGCAGUGAUCAAGACAAGGAACAGGCCGGCGAUGCAGAUCAAGCCGACGACGAUGACGACGAUGACGACGACGAUCAAGACGGUGAUGACAACGACGAUGACGAUAGCGAUUCAGAUAUUGAGUUCAUCAUUGACGCAACUCAAGAGUCACAACAGCCGCCUGCUCGUCCCGGCUUCCAACGACCAGGCGCUCCCGGUACCCGCCCCUUACCCACCCAAAGCACUCCUCAGCGGCCUCAAUCUACGCUCACAUCCGAAUACACGCCCCUCUCGCGCUCACAACUUUUAGCAAAUGCCAGUCCAGCCUCAGCUGGCCCCAGUACCAGCAGCGUCGCUCAGGAUCCAACCGCUGCAUCAUCCGGUCCGCUGCCGCCUGGUGUCCCUCCCGCCAAGCCUCCGAUGCCACUCGAUGCCACAGGUCCUGAAGGUGGUCCACCUGCUGUUCCGUCCAAUGCGCCAAGACUCAACCUCUCACCUGGGCCGGAAGACCGCGCAUAUCCGAAGCCUGAAGACAUAGUCGACCAGGAGCUUUCCUCGGCGCAAGACAUCUUUGAUAUUGACAUUGAAAAUCUCGCCGAAAAACCGUGGAGAAGGUACGGCGCCGACCUCACUGACUACUUUAACUACGGCUUCAACGAGGAGACCUGGAGUCUCUGGCGAGGCAAGAAGGAGCGCAUGACCGAUGCUAGAAAGAGCCUCGAAAACAAUCUUUUGGGAGGCAACAACGUCGAGAUGAUGUCGGCCAUGCAGCAGAUGACAGCCAUGAUGCCACCACCACAAGCCAUGCAGGCUAUCAUGUCACACAACGCAGGCGCUGCUGGAGCUGGACUCAUGGGCAUGCCGUCAAUGUCACCGGAUCAGAUGAUGGCUAUGAUGGCAAGCAUGUCGGGCAUGUCUGGCAUGCCGCCCAUGCCAGGAAUGGGCAACAUGCAAGCCAAUAUGCCGACCUUGGGCGGUGCAAUGGGCAUGAACCCCAUGAUGAUGCCAGGUAUGUUUGGUGGUCCACAAUCCAACGGCGGCCCGCCUCCUCCCGGAAAUGACCAACACAGUAAUCACCGACAACCACAGCAACAGCAACAGCAACAGCAACAGCAACAGCAACAGCAACAGCAACAGCAACAGCAACAGCAACAGCAACAGCAACAGCAACAGCAACAGCAACAGCAACAGCAACAGCAACAGCAACAGCAACAGCAACAGCAACAGCAACAGCAGCGCUUCAGCCAUUCGCCCUUUCCGCCAGCUCCAAAUGUAUUCGACGAACCCAACUCUACUCACCCGCGGCCGAUGGAUCGAGAUGAGAGGCCAAGCGACCAGCUAUCGGAACAACGAGAUCCUGAACGAGGACGAGAUACGCCAACAGACGCUGGAACCAAUAAGGACGCGACAGAGGAUGCUUCCGCGGAGCCCAAGCCUUCCUCUGGCGGUGGAAUGCCGAUGAAGCCGAUGUCAGAAACCGACAUGUCUGCGUUCUUUGGUGCGUCUGGUGUCGAUCUGUCGCAAGCGGCUGCUGCUGGUUUUAGCGUGCCAAGCAACACGACCGACUCUUCCGACACACGAACCACACCUUCGGCCGCGCCGCCCAAGCCAGGACCACCAAAAUCGGCGCCGUUAGGACCAGCCGCAACAAAGGGUACAUCGAUUCGAGGUCGUGCAGCUGCCGCUGCUACUGGCGCUUCGACCAGCUCGCGCCUCGCCCGUGCAGUCUCGCCCACACUACCUCCCAAUGUACCUUCGGGGCCCAGAAAUCCUGGCAAACGUUACAACGAUCGAGAUACGGGCGCUGGCGCAGCUGAUCUUCUCGACUAUGGUGCCACCGGCGGAGGAGGCGAAGAAGAUCGUGCGCAUGCCGAUGGAUGGGAUUCGAGAGAGCGUAGCCCCGAUCGUAACACACGACGCAGCGCAGCCGGUUUCUCGAGCCGAAAUCGACGAGAAGGCACACACGACCAUGCUGACUCGAUGAGCGCCAACGGUCGUGACAACAAUGAAGAAGCCAACGCCUCGCGUCGUGGUGGCAACACGUCCAAACGAGGUGCAGCCGACGAAUGGGACGACGAUGGAGCCUCGCAAUCGUCGACGGGCGGCCGACGUCGUCGCACCACGGGUGCUUCGCACCGGUCCGAAUCGCAUCGCGAACGAGAGCGCUCUGAACGCGAACGCGAUCGAGAACGAGAUCGAGAUCGAGACAGAGAACGCGAGAAGGAAAAGGAACGCGAAAGGCAGGCGAGGAGUCAGGCCAGAUCCGAACGCAGAGCGGGCAGAGAUCUCGACGAUGCGGCCAUCCCCACGGGUCCAGCUGCCGGCGUUAGCAGCGCACGCAAGUCAAGCCGCAAACGCUCGGCGCCCGAGGAUCAAGAUGGCGACCAACACCGUGACGCUCCACCAUCCAAGAGCAGCGCAAGUAGCAGGAAGAGCGCUUCACGCAAAAAACGCUGA